AACAUAGCCAGGAGGGGUAUGAGUCACUAGAGACUGAGCCCUCGGGGAUAGCUAUCUGAAGCAGGUGUAGCUAUGUACCUUCAUCUCAAUAGCACUGGUCAGGGAGGAGAGACCUGAUUUUCAACCCAGCCCUUGUCUGUGACUAAAUAUGUACGGAGUGUCAGCGAGAGAUCAACACAUUACACAGAGCAGAGAAGAGAGAAAGCGGCAGAAAAGCAUAAAACCAACUGAGUGAAAAUUGAUUAAAAGAACCAUGAAAGGAAUACUUAAAGUGAAGAGCAUGGUCCGUGAAAAGGUGACAAUGGCCCCAGGUUGGGACAGUGAAGACGAGGAAGAUGGGUCCCCGGGAAACCGAGCACAAAAAAUGUUAAGUACUGUGACAGGGAUGGUCCAGACCGCGCGCAACCGGCAUGGGCCCGACAAGAACGCGGACGUCAGCCAUGAAACAUGUAAGUGUGCCGGAUACCAUGUGUUUAGGGACACACGCAUGAUACUGACAAUGGGGAGGAUACUUUUGGAAGUGCCUCAAAGUUCUAAAAGUUCAACAAUCACCAUGGUAACAGAGGAAAUCAACAGAAACAUUUCACUAGACGUGUGCACAAAUUCUACUCAGCUGGUACGAACAAAUCAAAUGCCUUUUAAUCUACACCUGAACGAAUAGGGAUAUAUUGAAUAAGACUCCACAGCUAAAUCCAACAGAUCCAGGAUCAUGUUUAAUAUGUUCGUAUUAGCUGAAAAUAAUUUGUGCACAAGUGUAAUGUCCACUGGUGGCUAACUGACACAGUAAGCAUAGUAUCAUGUAUAUUAUAUACACACACACACACACACACACACACACACACACACACACACACACACACUAUCUCUAAUCUAAAAAAACUAUGUAAUAAAAAAUAUCAUCUCCACGCAAUGCAUCUAGUAAAGUAAUAUAUAGAAAUUGUUGCUUUCAAUCCUGGUUUGUGCAAAUUCAAUAAUGUCAUUCAUUAUAAUAACAAAUAUUAGUGACUUGUAAUACUUUACCUGCAAUUAUCUUAUCCGCCUCUCAUAAGUGUUAAUUAUAACAAUAUUUGUGUCUAAAUUGUCUGUUGGCAUGGAGGGUCAAUCAUGAUGGAUAGUCAAGGUUUGCAGGUUAUCGUCAUUUCACAGACAAAAAAUAUUUUCACUUCCUAAAAAUGAGUAAUCUGCUUUUUAAUCAGAAAUUCUCUCUCAGACACAUACAAUCACCUUGUAUUGGCGUUUACUACCUGAUCCAUGCAGGGAAACAGACUCGAUAAAUCAGUAAUAGACGGUAGGUACGGACACAUACCUGGUGGAAGCCAUUUAAAUUUAAUUUAUGCAUCAUAUUGCCAGUUAUAAAUACUGUAUCCAAUGCUCAGAACGAAUCUUCAAAAGAUGUAACAGAACAAACGAAACAUGUCAAUUACGCUUACCCCUUUGGAGGUGACCACAGGAAAUUAUAAAUCCGAGGAGGUUUUGGAUAGUAAUUUCACUUUAAUUAUAGUUUUCAUAGGGCAGACUGAUAUGCAUUGUGAGUAUAUACAUCGAGGGACUAUCACUUUAAUUGUUUCUAUUUGCCAUUGCAUUUUUUGUAUUGUGUUUUUAUCACAUUCAUUUUGCAUCAUAAAUAUUCACAAUGCUCUUACAAUAGAUUCAUUCAAUACAUGUUAGCUUAUUUAGCACUAUUUAAUUUGUCUCUCAAAUUGGAAUUAGUGUAGGACCCACCGAUGUUGGGGUACUGUGACGUAGUGGUGGGCUUAAUACAAUAUGGCCGUAUGGUGGAUUGGAAUCUCCAUAUUUGUUUGCUGAAAUAGGUGAUUUUAAGUAACCUUAUAGACCUUAGUGUUUGUUUUAUGUGUUUGUAUGUGUGCGCUGAUCCUUAAUCUGUAUUAUGUAAAGAUUUUGGCAGCACUAUUCAUGCGAUAUGCAUGUUAUGGGAAUGUCCCCAAUUCUCCUCCCCCCCCCUUUAUUUAAUUACACUUGAUCAGUGAUGUUUGCUGGAACACUUCACUACAUUUUUUACAUUUUGUUUUGUUUUGUUUUUUUAAACAAUUUAGUAGAGAGCAUGCAUUUAUUUCCUGUGUAUUUUUUUGUGGGGUAUAUAAAAAAACAGCUGCUGUUUGCAGUUUUGCAAGCUCCAUGUCUCCAUUGAGAAGUCGCUGUACUGUAAUAAAUUAAUAUUAUUAAUAAUAAUUUGUUGAUCCAAGGUCAGGUACACACACCUAGAUGCCAAAUGUUGGGAAAUAACUACUGUUUCUCUGGGGACCCUCUGUAGGGGUUCCAGUUUAAAAAAAGGGUGGAAUUUGUCCCAAUAAACCAGUUCUUCUUCACUAAGUCUCGGCUAGUGUUUGGGUUGGACAGUGAUAUUGGCUAUAAUCUCUGAGCUAUAUUCACUUGAGCUACAAUCACAAGGGGGUAAAAAUUACCUUGGCAGAGACACCCAAGCUACUAGCGGGUAGGACAUCACAACGGUGAUUCUAUCAUCUCAAUACACUAUAUAGCAAUUUACUUCCACCACAUGGCCAUAUAAUGCUUAGAUUAAAUGGAUACUCCAGACCCCUAAAACACUUUAGCUUGAUGAAAAGCUUUAUGUGUGAAAAGCGUGUGGUAUUUUUUACCUGGUUACACCCCCUGGCUUUUCAAUCAGACAACCGGUUAUGUUACUUCCUGGUUGUUUAGCUCAGUGGAGAUAAACUCAAGAGGCAGCAAUUGCCCAGAGUACCUGCCUUGCAAAGAUGUCUCCUUGAGUUACAUUGGGAAGUCUGUGAUUGGACAGCCAUAGAAAGUCUGGGCGGGGUUAGAAGAUGAGGGCUGGUAAAGGCUGCAGACAAGAGUCCUGCAGCUUUUGCAAGUUGAUUUAUACCCCCAAUGAAAAAAAUGAUAGAUAAAUGCAUGCAGGUUUAUAGUCGGGGUAUAUCUAUUAAACAGUAAUAUUUAUUUUGUAUUUGGUCAGUGGAGUGUCCCUUUAACACUGCCACAAAGGUGUGCAUGUUUAUAAAGGGGAAUAGUAUCUUAUCUGGAAUGUACCAUUAAAAAUCACCUAGAUUAGUUUUUCAUGAGAUGGUCUGCAUCAAACAUUGAAGAUGAAGAGUAGAUACAGAAACAGUGUUUCAUUUCUCCUCUUCUCUGUAUGCUCUCUCUAUACUGACUGCCAGGUGUAAAGGGCGGAGCUUAUAACAAUGAUUGACAGGGAGCUAAGAUGGAGGUGGUUCUCUCUAUACUGACUGCCAGGUGUAAAGGGCGGAGCUUAUAACAAUGAUUGACAGGGAGCUAAGAUGGAGGCGGCUCUCUCUAUACUGACUGCCAGGUGUAAAGGGCGGAGCUUAUAACAAUGAUUGACAGGGAGCUAAGAUGGAGGCGGCUCUCUCUAUACUGACUGCCAGGUGUAAAGGGCGGAGCUUAUAACAAUGAUUGACAGGGAGCUAAGAUGGAGGCGGCUCUCUCUAUACUGACUGCCAGGUGUAAAGGGCGGAGCUUAUAACAAUGAUUGACAGGGAGCUAAGAUGGAGGCGGCUCUCUCUAUACUGACUGCCAGGUGUAAAGGGCGGAGCUUAUAACAAUGAUGACAGGGAGCUAAGAUGGAGGCGGCUCUCUCUAUACUGACUGCCGGGUGUAAAGGGUGGAGCUUAUAACAAUGAUUGACAGGGAGCUAAGAUGGAGGGGCUCUCUCUAUACUGACUGCCAGGUGUAAAGGGCGGAGCUUAUAACAAUGAUUGACAGGGAGCUAAGAUGGAGGUGGCUCUCUCUAUACUGACUGCCAGGUGUAAAGGGCGGAGCUUAUAACAAUGAUUGACAGGGAGCUAAGAUGGAGGUGGCUCUCUCUAUACUGACUGCCAGGUGUAAAGGGCGGAGCUUAUAACAAUGAUUGACAGGGAGCUAAGAUGGAGGCGGCUCUCUCUAUACUGACUGCCAGGUGUAAAGGGCGGAGCUUAUAACAAUGAUUGACAGGGAGCUAAGAUGGAGGCGGCUCUCUCUAUACUGACUGCCAGGUGUAAAGGGCGGAGCUUAUAACAAUGAUUGACAGGGAGCUAAGAUGGAGGCGGCUCUCUCUAUACUGACUGCCAGGUGUAAAGGGCGGAGCUUAUAACAAUGAUUGACAGGGAGCUAAGAUGGAGGCGGCUCUCUCUAUACUGACUGCCAGGUGUAAAGGGUGGAGCUUAUAACAAUGAUUGACAGGGAGCUAAGAUGGAGGUGGCUCUCUAUACUGACUGCCAGGUGUAAAGGGCGGAGCUUAUAACAAUGAUUGACAGGGAGCUAAGAUGGAGGUGGCUCUCUCUAUACUGACUGCCAGGUGUAAAGGGCGGAGCUUAUAACAAUGAUUGACAGGGAGCUAAGAUGGAGGUGGCUCUCUCUAUACUGACUGCCAGGUGUAAAGGGCGGAGCUUAUAACAAUGAUUGACAGGGAGCUAAGAUGGAGGCGGCUCUCUCUAUACUGACUGCCAGGUGUAAAGGGCGGAGCUUAUAACAAUGAUUGACAGGGAGCUAAGAUGGAGGUGGCUCUCUAUACUGACUGCCAGGUGUAAAGGGCGGAGCUUAUAACAAUGAUUGACAGGGAGCUAAGAUGGAGGUGGCUCUCUCUAUACUGACUGCCAGGUGUAAGGGCGGAGCUUAUAACAAUGAUUGACAGGGAGCUAAGAUGGAGGUGUCUCUCUCUAUACUGACUGCCAGGUGUAAAGGGCGGAGCAUAUAACAAUGAUUGACAGGGAGCUAAGAUGGAGGCACCCAGUGGCAGGAUUAAGAGGUGUAGAUUUCAACAUUUAAUUACAUUUUUCACACUUCACAGGUUUUUUUUUUUUUUUUAAAUAUAAUGACAAAUAAACAUGAUAUUAGAAACCUGAGGAGUGACAGUUCCCCUUUAAUAUAUGGGAAAUGAGUUUAUCUUGUGUCUUCGUUCUUAGAUGCAGAAACAGACAAACAUUUUCUCCUGUUAUUUUCCUGCACCAUUUCUUAUUUUAAUACAAACACACAUUUUCUGUGAUUAUAAAUUAUACUCUCCAGCUUCCAUCCUCCUAUAAUCAGCAUUGAGGCCGGUAAAUCAUCAAUAAGAGAUGAGCGAGAUCUGUACACUCCGUCAUUCAGUAGAAUUAUCUACACGUUUAUCUAUCCUCUACAUCUCAGUAGAAAGGUCUGUCUGUUCAUGUUCCCACCUUUGAUCUGUUUAGAAUGAUCUGUAUCUCUGCUUAUAUCACAUCAUCUAUUACUAUAUUGUGUCACCUUAGUAGAAAGAUCUGUGUAUAUCUCUCUCCUAUCUGCAUAUUGUGACCGCAUUCCAGUGAUGUGCCCACUGCCCACCAAGCUUAUCAGUAUACAGAGAUACUCCAUCAGUAUAGAAUGAUCUGUGCCAUCUCUCUUUAUGCAAAAUGGAAAAGUGUUCCAUUGACAUUGGCAGUGUUAGUUAAAAUGUUUUAUGUGAUAAAGUAGAGUUUCUUAGAAUUAUAAUCCAAACUAUACCUAACUGCAUUUAUAUUUUAAUGUGUUUUGUAGAUAAAACAAAACAAAAACAGUAAAUAAUGAUAAUAUUAUUUUUUUAGUACUAUUUAACUAUUCAUUGGUGAAUCCAGGUAAGUUGCAUCAGAUGCAGAUUCAUAGGACAUGUCAACACUGUGAGUUUUAUGUAGCACAUGGCUGGAGUGAAGCCUCUAUUUAAUAAUUUAGGUUAAACUUUUCGAAUGUUUUAAUAUUAGGGAAAUGUAUUUUGAUAAUUAUUUUUAAUAUAAAUAUAUAAACUUUUUUUUUUUAAAUACUUUAAUAAAAAUAUCUUUCCUUCACCUCUUCCAGCACAGACCCAUGACUGCUGGUAGUAGUGUGUAAAGGGUCUACAAAGACAGCGAGCAUGUAGAGAUAUGUGAUAUAUCGCUAUUUAUUGUUCAUUACGUUACAUUGAGAGAACAGUCACGGCCUACGCUGGAAGAGGUACAAUCCAAACACUCUCAAUGCAUGAUAACCAUCAAUAUAAUUAGCACAUCAAUGCAUUAAACGAUCUGCUUACGCAUUUAGUUUUACAAUGUUGCCAGUCAAGUUACACCAGAAUUCUGUGAUAUUUCUCCUGAUGCUAACAUUUAACUGCCAAUAUGGAAACAUGCUUAGCUUUAAAUCCUCCUGCGGAUGGAAAAUAUAAUGAUAUCAUGUGUUCCGACAAACUGAUUGGCCGCCACGUGACGUAUUAUUAUUACAAAGACAUUUAUUGACUGACGUGGUGAAUUCAGAAUUGUCAGGAAAGGGUCAUUUCAAAUACUGGUUGUUACAAUGUGCUAAACUGUCCCCUCCGGUACUGUAAGUACUAGAAAAAGAAUGCGGAUCAGUCACAAUGGAAUCCUCCUGUUCUUUCCCCCGAUGCAGCAAUAUAUCACAUCACAGAAAUAACGCCUCAUUGUGAGACCUGCAUUAAUAAAGUGCAAAACAAACUCGACAUUAACAAAUUCAUUUUCGUAUUAGUGAUAAUUAAUUAUUUAGAGGGUUCCGAUUUCGCACACCAUCUGUUUCAAUGAUUAUUAUUUUCCACUUCGGCCGGUUAUUACUUGUCCCCGUAGUACUUACUAAGAACUGCGGUCAGAGAAUUUUUGUCUGAGCUCGUUAAAGAUACAGUAACAGUAAUAAAGCUCUGAGAGAUGGUUUAGCUCUAUAUGCACCUCUGACACAUGUGGCUUAAGCAGUCCAGAACUCUGUUACAACAUGCAUAAUGGGAAUUAUGAGUAGAAAUUAUGCCUGCCAUUGGCACACAGUGCGUGCCAGUGACAGAUGUAAUGAGCUUCUACCUGUGUAGCUUAUCUACAAAGGGAAGCUUCAAUGUCCCCUCCCUUCCUCCAAUGUCCCCUCCCAGACAACGCGCAUGCCUGCGUGGUCUACAUUCAGAUGUUAUUGUUUUCAUAUUUGAAGUCUGAGCACUCACAUGCAUUCUGAGCCCGGUCCAAUUAAAUGGUUCUCUAUGAAAAGCAUUUGAUUGGACCUUGGAGUGACGCGGCAUGACGACAGACAGGGAGUGGAAAUGAGUGAGGAACAACAACCCCUUGUAAUCAACCCUCAUCCUCCGCCAUGUCCCGCAGCUCAGGGCAUCCUCUAUCACUGGGUUUAGCAACAGCACUACUUCCGGGACAGGCGGAAGGUGAUCUGCUGCCAUGGUAACCGACCUGAUCUCUCUGCAGACAACAGUGUUCUAUCAGGCUGAGCUGCCAUCACUAGUUCACUACUAAUACUGCUCUCGGUGCCAGAGAGGAACGGGGAACUGGUCGUGAUGUAGCUUUACACAGGCAUAAGGCUAUCCUAGACUUAAGAUAAGGCCAGGGACUAAUUAAAAGUAUUUCAAAAUAUUGGGCAGACUAGAUGGGCCGAAUGGUUCUUAUCUGCCAUGACAUUCUAUGUUUCUAUGUUACACUGUGUGUCCCUGAGCUGCAGCAAUCACUAAUGCAAAAUGACUUCAGGGCUGUUAUAUACAGCAACCUGCACCUCUCCCACUCCUUCGGCUCUCUUUGAAGAGUGCACAGCGGCCCGAGGGAAACAUCGCGAGACUUCCCAUCCGUGCAUUCCUGCGUGUGGCGCAAGUUUUUUUCUCUCUCUCUCUAUGCGAGUAAAAGGGAGACCCUGUGUCACGUGACAGUCAAGGGGAACCACAGCGUGACACGUUCGAGAAACUAGAGAUUCAGUAAUGUUCAGCGGAUUUGACCCUUUUCGGCAGCCAAAAUUUCAGUUCAUUCCUAGGUAUCUGUGGGAUGGAGUCUGGGAACCAGAGGAGCAAUCAAACAAAGUAACGAGUUCUCUCCAAAUGGAACCAAAAUAAUAAUAUGUUUGAGGAAAGAGGUUUCACUUCUCCACGUCACCUGUCAUUUACAUAAAGAACAUUUACGAACACACAAAAUUAAACCUUGCGCUUAAACUGCCACUAAACAUCAGCCCCGAUACAUAGAAUAAAAAACAAAAAAAGUUACUUGUGCACUAUCCAAAAUCCCUCUGCACAUUUAAAUAACUGGAGAUUUUUUGUAUCACUCCAAUGGCCAUUUAAGUGUAAGCUCACCUGCCAUGCCAAAGCGAACCGCUUUCUUUAUCUAUAAGGUGAGAGGGUAUUUUUAUAACCCCUACACACUUAUUAAUACUUAAUAGGUAACACAUGGGGUGGGCGGUUAUUGUACAUUAGAAUUCUAGAUAUUAUUAUAUAAUAUUAUGGUUCACCGUGAAAUUAGUCCAACAAUGGCAAUUUUCUCAUCUAAUGCUCUGAAAUGUUACAGUGCUGCAAAAAGAAAUGGAAUUUCAUGUAGCGGCAAAGAAGAAUGAUGUCCCAACUAUGAUGAGCCUCAAGGACCAGAGAAUUAAUAUUAAUUCCAAAAAUAAUGUAAGUUUCACCUUAAGAGAACACUACACAUCUUAAAGGGACACUAUGCAUUUUAAAGGGACAUUACACAUUGAGGGUGAAUAUCUCACUUAUUUACCAUUUAUUAAAGUUUUGAACAAUUUAAACAAAUUUCAAUAUGUAAAAGAAAAAACAAAAAAACACUUGAUAACUACCUCAUCAAAAACCAAUCCUGGCCGCCCUUGCUUACAUCACAUAACAUGUUUAUUGCUAUUAAAAGCACUUAAAGGGACACUGUAGGCACCCAGACCACUUCAGCUCAUUAAAGUGAUCUGGGUGCAAACUCCCAUCACCCUUAACGCUGAGCAUGUAAUUAUUGUAGUUUUUAUAAACUGCACGAAUUACUUGCUAGGGUUAAGUCCUCCUCUAGUGGCUAUCUACCAGACAGCCACGAGAGGAACUUCCGGGUUCUUAGACGACUUUUAGUCUUCUAAACGAUACUGGACGACCUCACGCUAUGCAUGAGGACUUCCAGCGUCGCCGGAAUCCACAUAGGAAAGAAAUGAAUAAUGCGUUCCUGUGGGGAGAUCCUAAUGCGAGUGCUACCAUUGCCAUGCAUGCGCAUUAGGUCUUCCGCUGGGCCCAGGUAAGUGACUGAAGGGGUUCCUAAUGGGUGAUCUGAAUGUCAAACACUGUGGAAGUGGUCUGGGUACUUUUUGCUGAGCACAGAGGAUUUCACUUAGUAUCGAUACCACAUGGCCAAUAUAGAGGCUCUGUCACCUUCUGGGGCCUUUGCAUAUUUUAGAGAGACGCUUUUAGGGAGGUGGCUGCAGGACACAGAAAAUUAUAGUUCUGACUUACCUGCAGCCGCUGCCAUCUUCUUCCACAGCACUGUACUCUCGCGCAUGCAGAAUCCUCAAUAGACAGAGCCUUUUUUCUUCUCAGCUACCAUUAGUGAUCAGUAAGGGCUUGAUAAAGUCUGACAGCGAUAGUUCUGCCUUUUGUCACAUUUUGUCAAGUGUAUGAAAAAUACAUAAAACAAAGUAGUCCCUUUUUUGUCUUAUGAUAUCUUUGACUUUGUUGAAAUUUCAGUGAAAUUUUGACACAGUCUUUAUUAGCAUUUGAUAAAGAUUUUAUUUUUUAUGAAAGAAUUUUUUUACAGGGGUGACAGAGCCGCUUUUAUACAGGAUACAUUUUUAUAUAUUGUCAAAAAUUCCAUCCCAUACUGCUUGGUCUAGAGAAGGUCUCCUGAACUGAAUUCUUAUUUGUAACCUACAGCCUUUUAAACAUAUUAUGGAGAAUAUGAGAAUACAAUGAAAACCACCAUUCGCUAUAAAUCUACCUUUCAUCCUGGGCCCUGACAUGAAGCACAAUUUCCGAACCAAUCCUAGAAGCCCACUGUUAUUAAUAUGAGCAAUAAACCGAACUCAUAAACCCCUUCCUAUUAGGAGAUUAUACGAUAUAGAGUUUAAAACUCAGCAGUAGUUUCAUUCAUGAAAAAAUAUGAAAGAACAAAAAGUUAAAACAUUUGCUGUGUUUUCAUUGUUUAGUUAAAUCGCACAGCUCUUCACUUUGCAGUCGCUGGGAACAAUCUGCAAGCAGUAUCAUUCCUUCUCCAUCACAAAGCCCGCGUGGAUAUCGUAGAUAAGGUAAGUGAAAUAAGGGCUUUACCCACUAAACCGUGAACUGUGGUAAAUGGACAAUCGAUGGGAUAACAGAUAUUUAUUAAUAAAAUAUAGAACUAGGAAUGAUACAUUGAGAUUUCUCUAGUAUGUCCUGAAGCACAUCUGAAUACCGUGUUACACAUAUAAUAAAAAAAAUACAGUAAAUUAUAGAUACAUUGUUAUACAUAUAAUAGGAAACAGUAAAUUAGAGACAUAUUGUUACAUAUAAUAUAUAUACACAGUACAAUUACAGAUACAUUAUUACACAUGUAAUAAGAGACAUACACAGUAUAAUUCUAGAUACAUUUUACAGAUAUAAUAAGAGACAUAAACAGCACAAUUAUAGACACAUUGUUACAUAUGUAAUAGAAGACUAAUAGGAAACAUUGAGAGCUGAUUGGCUCCUUUGCUGUUAAACUAUUCUGAGAAGAAUAAUCUGCACCCUCGUAUGCCCUCACAAUAGUAUUGGGGGUCUCCUUCCUCCAGCACCCUGCAUCCUACACCCAUGUCUUUGAAUAUCAUUCCAAAUGUAUUAGACCAAAGGGUUGGAUUUGCCACGGUCUCGGGAUUAUCAGGCAGGAAGAGGGCGGCAUGGCGAGCGGGGAGACCAAAGAUCUGCCUUACCGGCCAUCUGUUCUACUGUGCAUUGGUGAGGCCAAAAAGGGAGGCAGCUGGCCCCUGCAAGGCCGACACUCGAAUAGAGGGAGGCUCUCGCUCGCUUGUACUACAUGAAAGUGUGGCCACAGUAACCUCUGAUACAUUCCCUUGGCAAUGGCUGGAAGGAGCUGUCUGCACUGGACCACCAGGGAUCAGGUCCCCCCCUCCCCCCCCCCCGCCCUGGCUCAUGGUAAGCCUCAGGCAAAGCAGAAAAAAACUUUUGUCCCUUUACCAUAGCCACUAACCUCCCUAAUACAGCCCUAUCCCACUUCUCAUCCAAUCACCCACCUAGUCACAUUCACAAUUCAAUUAUACCGCAAACUAGUCGUAUAAAUGCAACCAAUUGAAUACUCCAAACUUUCAAACCUUGUUUAUACAUAUUCUGAGGAUGCUGGCCCUGAUGGUAAUAGGCUGAUUAAGGGAUUAUGUUUUCAGAGAGAAUUAGACAGUUUUACUAAAGGGCUAAAACGUGGAUAUCCUAUAAUUACACAGCAACACUUAGACAUUUCUACAAACAUUGCACAAAGGCUUUAAAUAGGAGACAAUAAAAUUAACAAAAAGUAAGAAUGGGUUUGCCCCCACCCCCUGCCCACCCUUGACAUUACCAGGUGGCCGCAUAUGUGAAAUAUUUAUUAUUUAUUACUAGCAAUUCAUACCUUAGCUCUAACAACACAAAGAAAGCAUGUUAAUGGAUUGGAAAAACAUAAAAGAAAAUGUACAAACCUGAGCGCACUGUGGACGUAGAUACACAUUUAUCUGAACUAUAUAGAUAUUACAAAAAUGGCAAAAAAAUAAACAUAUAUAUAUAAGUCCUCGUGCCCAGCACCUGUUGCUCACCGGCCUCCAGCCUAAAUGCAAUCUCCCAAAAGAGUGCACUCGAGGGACUUAUUCAUGUGAAAUAAUAAAGUGCUUUAUUUUGCCAUACAAUCAUCCAUGUUGUGACAACGUUUCAGUCUCCUAGGGAUUUUUCUCAAGACAAUGAAUAUUGGGCAAAUCAACCAUUAAAUAAAACAUAGUUGAGUAUCAUUGGAGGGUGAAUGGUGAAAAUCAUACUAAUGAUGUAAGUGAUGUGUCAAGAUUUGAAUCACAUCAUCCACCGAGUUAACCCUUUACCAAUGAAAGACCGCUAAAAAGCUCCAAGUCUAAGAUCAACAAUGUGCAGAGAGUAGAGAAUAGAAACUAUGCAUACACGAUACUAUAUAUAUAUAUAUAUAUAUAUAUAUAUAUAUAUAUAUAUACACACACACACACACACACAUAUACGUAUACAUAUUCUACACAGUUUUAGACCAAAGAUUGUCAAACUGAAAACAUGGCUGACAAUUCCCGGUACAGUGAAUAGCUCUAUUUUUUGGAGAGCAGUCAAUCAACAUAAAUUGAUGGCUCUCAGUGGGCAGUCAUUCUCAACCUUGACCCUAACAUGUAACAGUUAGCCCAGCAGGUGUUUUUGCCGUUCUGUACUGGCUCUACAGCAUGUGUGGAAUGUGUGGCCUCCUCCUUCCUGGGUCCAGAGAUGUUACAGGUGUAAUGUCUGCCUUUUCCAGAGAAUUCUCUAGGAAUUAAUAACAUGUGUGUGUGCCCUGCAGUAGUAAACACGCUACCUGUCUUAUACCUGGCCUUUCAAAGAAAUCUGUCUCAAAAAAAGCCAGAUAUUAUCUAAACCUUUAGCUUAUGCACAUCACUCAAUGGCCCUCUAUGCAGAUUGAUUAAUUAAUCCAGGACCUCAGGGCUUCGGUGUUCUGUGUAUGAGAACUUGUCCUACAAGUGUAGCUGGUUUGACUGAACGGUAUAUAAACAUGACGUGACCCAUUCCAGACUCCAUCCUUGGGCAUGCAGGAAUCUGGUUUCUGAAAGCUCACAUCAAGGUCCUGCCAUGAACUAUGACACCUGAAGACCAUAGUUAGAUGCCCCUGAGAUUUUGAGAAAAGAAUAAAAUAAUUCUAAGUGAACGGAUUGCUAUGGCUUGAACGUAUAGCUCACAGCUGAGAUAACCAUCUAGAUCUUUAGAUAAAGCAGCACUUAGUGUCGUUAGCCCUCGGAUGGUCUAUUAUCCUAGACUAGAUAUCUAAGGUCCAAGGUCUCAUUGCUUGGCUGAGGCUCUUCCAAUUUCCAUUUCACAUUGAGUCAGGAAAGACGUGGUGGAAGAAUCCAUAACUUGUCAUUCGGUCUUCGUAUUAGAAUUAUUUAUUUAGCGUAGCGCCAACAUAUUAUGCAGCUCUUUACAAUUAUAUAAUGGAGAUAUACAUGAACAAUAUUAUGGUAUUGGGAGUGGCAGCAGUAGCCAUGCAGCAUAGAGAGCAGGUGACAGUAGUAAUAGUUCAGGAAUGGGAGCAAUAUGAGGCAGCACUAGUGUAGCAGUGUAGUGUAGCUGGUGGCAAUACAAACUGAGAAAUAUGGGAGCAGGUAUUGGUAGUAUCAGUUUAGUAGUGGGAGCAGGUAAUGGUAGUAUCAAUGUCGUAGUAGGAGCAGGUACUGGUAGUAGCAGUGGAGUAGUGGGAGCAGGUAUUGGUAGUAGCAGUGCAGUUGUGGGAGGAGGUAUUAGUAGUAUCAGUGUAGUAGUGGGAACAGGUAUUGGUAGUAUCAGCGUAGUAUUGGGAGCAGGUAAUGGUGGUAGCAGUGCAGUAGUGGGAGGAGGUACUGGUAGUAGUAGUAGCACUGCAGGUAUUGGUAGUAGCAGUGUAGUAGUGGGAACAGGUAUUGGUAGUAUCAGUAGUGGGAGUAUUGGUAGGGAGGAGGUAUUGGUAGUUUCAGUGUAUUAGUGGGUGCAGUUAUUGGUAGCAUCAAUGUAGUAGUGGGAGCAGGUAAUGGUAGUAUCAGUGCAGUAUCUGAGCAGGUAUUGGUGGUAGUAGUAGUACUGUAGUGGAAGCAGGUAUUGGUAGUAUCAGUGCAGUAGUGGGAGCAGGUAUUGGUAGUAGCAAUGCAGUAGUGGGAGUAAAUAUUGGUUGCCCUCAUUCCAGUCAUGUUCAUUUUUCCAUUCAGAUUUCAGUUUACUGUAAUAGUGAAUAAACUCGGGUGAUUUGAGAUAGGCUGGAACUACUCCUGGCCAUGUGUUAGCUGCCUGUACUUGGCUGGAUUUUGACUCUAUCACUUGUGGUUUCUUUCAGCAUGGCCUGUGUGUACUCCAUCUCGCGGCAUGGUCUGCUGACCUCACCAUCUUCCAAAUGUUGAUCAAGGCAGGGGCAGAUCAAAAAACUACUAAUGAGGUUUGUCACUCUCUAUUAUCCUGAUGAUUGUGUUCUUUUAUUAGAAUUACACAUCACAUAUCACCACAGAUAUCACCUGUUCACAUUCCAUGACACAUUCCGAGAAUCAGAUCUACACAGUGAUCUAUUAUUGUAUCAUUGUAUAGUGUAAAUUAUAUUACAUGGACAUGAAACAUGCCUGUGGACUGUAUUAUCCCACAGGAUUUAACUUUAACAUACUAGUAUUGUAGUCAAAAUAUGACAUGGGAAUCUCAUCCCAUCCUAUCUAACCCAUCCAAACCUGCCCAUCUCAUCCCAUCCUAUCUAACCUAUCCAAACCUGCCCAUCUCAUCCCAUCUAAUCCUAUCUAACCCACCCAAACCUGCCCAUCUCAUCCCAUCCUAUCUAACCCAUCCAAACCUGCCCAUCUCAUCCCAUCUAAUCCUAUCUAACACAUCCAAACCUGCCCAUCUCAUCCCAUCCAAUCUAAUCCAUCCAAACCUGCCCAUCUCAUCCCAUCCAAACCUGCCCAUCUCAUCCCAUCUCAUCCCAUCUAAUAACUAAUCCUAUCUAACCCAUCCAAACCUGCCCAUCUCAUCCCAUCCUAUCUAACCCAUCCAAACCCCAUCUCAUCCCAUCCAAACCUGCCCAUCUCAUCCCAUCUAAUCCUAUCUAACCCAUCCAAACCUGCCCAUCUCAUCCCAUCCAAUCUAAUCCAUCCAAACCUGCCCAUCUCAUCCUAUCUAACCCAUCCAAAUCUGCCCAUCUCAUCCCAUCCUAUCUAACCCAUCCAAACCUUCCCAUUUCAUCCCAUCCAAACCUGCCCAUCUCAUCCUAUCUUUUCUCUUUCCAGCCCAUGUCAUCUCACCUCAUCUCAGCCCAUUUCCUUCCAUCACAUUUAACUUAUCCAAAUCUGCCUAUCACAUCCCAUCCUAUUUCAACUCAUCAAAACCUGCCCCUCUCAUCUCAACCCACCUCACAUCUCAUCCCAGCCCAUCCAUCCAAUCCUGCCCAUCUCAUCAGAUUUCAUGCCACCUCAUCCUAUCCUUUCUCAUCCCUUUCCAGCACAUCUCAACUCACCUCAUUCCUUCCCAUCUUAUGUGGACAUCAUCCUGACCCAUCUCAUCCCAUCCCAUUCAAUCUCAUGCUAUCUCAUCGCAUCCCAUCAUAUUCCAUGCCAUUUCAUUUCAUCUUAUCCUAUCUCAUCACAUUCCAUUCAUCCCAUUCCAUCUCAUUCUAGCUCAUCCCAUCCCAUCUCAUUGUAUCUCAUCCUAUCCCAUCCCAUCCCAUAUCUUAGAAGGGUUAUGUGUUUACCAAAGUUGAUAACAAGGAGCACUAUGUUUGCAAACAGCAAAUUAUUUGGUGAUGGAUUUGGGAGAGAUUUGAUCCUGCGGUUCUAGCAUGAUGGUCCAUUCUUGGCAGCUUCCUCUGAUCUGGUUGUGUUUUUUAGGAUGGAAUGAAUGUCCUGCAUUUUGCUGCUCAGAAUAAUAAGAACGCUAUCGUAGACUAUCUCCUCACAGAACUACAGCUGCAAGACUUGGACAUCCUAGAUAAGGUAUGCUGUGUCCUAUGAUUAUACGAUAUGUUUGUCAUUUAUUUUGGCCGAUUUGUUGGCAUUGUUGUUUCUGAAAUACACAGUACAAUAACGCAUUUAAUAUAAAAUAUACAGAAUAAAGUAAAUCAUAUUUACAGAAUUCCCCACUGCAUGAUGGUAAGAAAACUAAAUGUCAAUUACAAAGUAUACAGAGAGGGCAAAUGACAGCCCAAUGUAUCAUCGAUAUAUACAGUAGUGGAGGCGGACCCCAGCGGCGCUGGUGUAAAGGUGAGUUAUUUAUACUGUGCUAUAGCAUUGUUCACUGGAAUGCUUGAUAUUUGAUUUGCUACACUUUGACAAUAUUCUUCAAUGGAUAUUUCUGAACGGGCACUGUGUAUUUCUGAACGGGCACUGUGUAUUUCUGAACGGGCACUGUGUAUUUCUGAACGGGCACUGUGUAUUUCUGAACGGGCACUGUGUAUGACUGAUCGGACGCUGUGUAUGACUGAUCGGCUGCUGUGUAUUACUGUAUAUUACUGAUCGGGCGCUGUGUAUGACCGAUCGGGCGCUGCGUAUGACUGAUCGCACUCUGUGUGUUACUGAUCGCACUCUGUGUAUUACUGAUCGGGCGAUGUGUAUUACUGAUCGGGCGAUGUGUGUGACUGACUGGACACUGUGUAUUACUGAAUGUCUUGCAGGUAGAAUGAAUGGUUAUGCUAACUCAUAGCUUUUUGUAGUUGUGUCUGACUUGGAGCCAAGUCUUUCAUAGGUUUAUGAUUCAGAGUGUAAAUUGUAGGAAAAGAAAUACCUCCCUUCGUGCAAACACAAAACAUAAUAGAUUAUUUUAAUACACCUUAGAUGUGCUGCUUUCACUAAGAGGGGUCAAUAUUGCUUUAUUCAGGGUGUGACGGCGGCUUUUAUUAUCUGAUUCUGUGUGAGGGACUGAAUAGCAACAAAAGGUGACACAUGCAUGCAUCGUGAUUCAAUAUCCCCUGUGUUUUCCCAUAAUCUCACCUCUCCUGCAAGGCCUGCAAAGCUUCAUGGGAGUUGUAGUUCCAGCAGAGGAUCUGCCAUUGGGCACUGGAUGCACUAUCUAUUAAAGAGGAACUGUACAUUGUCUGAUAGUCACGGACCCUUAUUCCCUAACCCUGAUAAACGCUAUUGGCUGGUAAAGUUUUAAGAUGGUGUGGUGUCAGACUCCUCCCCCAGAACGUUACUCCUCCCUAUACAGUACAGAUAUACUCAUACAAUACAGAGAACUGAGCAUAAUACAGAGAUACUCAUACAAUACAGAGAGCUGAGCAUAAUACAGAGAUACUCAUACAAUACAGAGAGCUGAGCAUAAUACAGAGAUGCUCAUACAAUAAAAUAAGCUGGACACAACAUAAAUAUAUCUAACCACAAACAGAGCUGAGAAAAAUAGAGGUAUAAUGCACAUAGCUGGGCACAAUACAAAGAUACCUAUACAAUACACAGAGCUGGGCACAAUACAGAGAUACCUAUACAAUACAAAGAUACCUUUACCAAUACACAGAGCUGGGCACAAUACAGAGAUACCCACGCAGUACAUGUCUCUGUAUAAUUAAACAGCUCUCUUUCUGUCUAUCUUCCCAGCCCUCUCUUACGUCCAAGUUUCUCAAUCUGUGAUACGUGUACCCCAGAGGGUAGGUGCACCACAGACAGCUGGCCAACUGGCCACCUUGGCAUCCCCCAAGAGGCGGCUGGCAGAGGGAGAGACUGUGAGGGAGCUGUGAGAAAGCAGUGCUGGAGAGCACAAAGAUUACACAGGCCCCACACUAAACCCCAGGGAGGUAGGGAGAACAGGUGACAUAUGGUGCAUCUGUGAGAGUGCGUACAUGUUUGCAAGUAUGUCAAGUCAGUGAGUGUGUGUUUGUCAUUGAGUGUGUGUCUGUCAUUGAGUGUCAAGUCAGUGAGUGUAUCUGUCAGUGAGUGUCAAAUUAGUGAGAGGGUGUCUAUAAGUGUGUGUCGAAUCAGUGACAGACAGUGGACACUGACAUACACACAUUUACACUGAGAACACUGGCACACGCACAGUUACACAGAGAGGAAAUAGACAAACACACUUACACACAGAGGACACACUCACUGACAGACAGUCACAGACUCUUAAAUUUGUCAGGGCCUCUUAACCGUGCAAUGUAAAACAUUACAGUUGCAGAGAAACAGUUUCUGUUAGCUCUCCUGAUCUAAGGCCUGCAGAGGCUCAGAGGCCAGUGAGUUAAGUUCUGCAACACCGAGCUUAGCUCUGAUGGAACUUCCGCCUCUCUGUCAGCUGUAGUGGAGGCGGGGAGCAGAGCCUGACUGACUCCAGGUAAGAAGUCAAACUACUCUAAAACAUCGGGGUAACAUCAGGGUACUCCUAUUCUAGUGCCUGGGCCUGCUUUAGUGCUUAUGGUGCUUGGAGUGUUCCUUCAAUAGGCUUGCUUGAAUAGACUUCUUAAAGGAUUGAAGAAUGGAAGAGAGUCUGAUGGGGAACCAGGCUGUUGCACAAGAAUAAAGCUGGUAUUGAAAUCCAGAUAGGACCAGCUCAUACAACCUUGUCAUAAGUUGCUUUUAUUUAUAAUAUCCAUAUUCUUUCAAAUUACUGUAUGUAAAUUAUUAUAUAUAUAAUAGAUGCUAUAAAAUGUGAAUAAAAAAAUUUUUGUUCAAUGUUUUGCUUAAGAAAGGCAGGAAACCAUUUCAUCUGGCAGCUGAGGCAGGGCACCUGGAAAUGAUCAAUAAUCUACUGACCUUGAAACUGUUCACACCUGAGAAAGAUAAGGUAAGUCCCCAGGUGUAACAAUGUAACAAUAACUGCCCAACCAAUGGAUCCCAUUGUUCCUUUACAUGUGUCAGGUAAAUACCCGAACACAGUGAUGGCUAAUCAAACGUCCCUAUUUCAUUGGGUGGGUAGUUUCAUUAAUUUUUCAUCAAUUAAUUGCAUUUGUGCUUUCUGUACAUCUCUCUCAUCUACCUGGAUCCUAGAAAGCUCUGCGCUGCUACUAUAUAUAUUUACCAAAAAAUGGAAAGCACUUCUGGGUCUUCCUACAUAUGACGCAACUUUUAUUCUUAUAUUUUAUUUUAGACCCAGGAGUGCUUUUUAUUUUUUGUCAAUUGUGUCUACUAUCCCCUGGAUGAAAGCACUGGGAAUAUGGAUUUAUUUGGCCCCAGAGUGCAAACCCUUUUGGAUUUCUACAUAUUGUUUUAAAGGGGAACACUGGGCAUUAUAAUUACUACAACCUAAAAGCCUAGUGUUGUGGUCAUAGUGCAAAGAGGCUAUUUUACUGCGUGUUUUUGUCAAACCUUUUGGCAGCAGUGUCAGCCUAUCACUUUUGGCUAUGGCCUCGAUUUAAUAAGCUUUCCAAAUGAUUCAUUAUUGUUAGAGAAACGUAUUGAAUCAUAUGCAAAGCUUAUUACAUUGAGGCCAAUGUUGGAUGUAAUUCACAUUGAACUGAUAUUGGCAAUGCUUUCCCAUAAUGCAUACACCAAGUAAUCUACACAGAUAUUUGUAAAAACAAUGACAGGCUUUUAUAACAUAUCUUUGAAACAUGCUACAACUGAGUUGUUGUUUUUUACUAAAAUGAACAUUUUUGAGAAUUCAAAAUCAAUUGAAAGUGAAUUUCAAAUUGUAGGCCACAACAUCUGGAUUUAGCGUAACUGUUACUAUUAUGCCCUAAAAGUUUGAAUUCAGCCCAGUGAAUUUUCUUAACAAUUCUUUAAAAUGCCAUCUAAUAAAAGGACUGUACAGAACACUGAGUUGAAUUAUUUUGAAAUAAUAAGUUACUGUAUCCUAUCUGUGAAGAGGCUCCAAACUCCCCUAGUUUGCUGGCUCUGUGUGUGUUCCAUAAAUUAACCACAUUAAGGAUUUAACUUUACAUCCACUGCUGAAAGAUUUGUACGCACUUCGAAUAACUUCUCUUUAAUCUUGUUCUGUUUCACAGGAGGGUAACACUGCCUUGCAUUUGGCAGCAAAAAACGGACACAGAGACGUAGUGGAAAUUUUAAUAGAGCGUUAUGAAAAUAUUGAUGAUCCUAAUGAGGUAUAAUUUACAUGAACAUCUCAGUCACUCUCCUUGCGGAUUAACCAUUUUUUGCAUGUGGCUUGUUGGAUUCGUUUUCAGCAUUGCCAUUUGACAUAAUUUAACAAGUCUGUCAUCAAGCGAUUUACUAUUGCAUUCAAAAUAUGGUUUGUCCCUCGUAAUGGCCAUUAUACAAUAUAAACCCUUUAGGUCAAUGUCAUACCCCAAUAAUCCAGCACUUCACUCAUUUUAGUUUUUUAGGUAUUUCUUACAGUUAUUUUCCUUCUCUUACAUUGGAUAUCCUCUUGUCUCCUCCUUGUAUAUUAUUAGGGAGAAUGGUUAAAACGAGAUGUUGGUACAGGAGGGACUGGUUAAAGUAGGUGUUGGUACAGGAGGGGACUGGUUAAAUUAGGUAUUGGUACAGGAGGGGACUGGUUAAAUUAGAUGUUGGUACAAGGGGGACUGGUUAAAUUAGAUGUUGGUACAGGAGGGACUGGUUAAAUUAGAUGUUGGUACAGGAGGGGACUGGUUAAAUGAGGAGCAGGUAAAGGCGGGACUGGUUAAAUGAGCUGUUGAUAUAGACGGGACUGGUUAAAUUAGGUGUUGGUACAGGAGGUGACUGGUUAAAUGAGGUGUCGGUAUAGAAGGGGACUGGUUAAUUGAGGUAUUGGUAUAGGAGGGGGCUGGUUACUUGAGGUGUCUGUAUAGGAGGGGACUGGUUACUUGAGGUGUCGGUAUAGGAGGGGGCUGGUUACUUGAGGUGUCUGUAUAGGAGGGGGCUGGUUACUUGAGGUGUCUGUAUAGGAGGGGGCUGGUUACUUGAGGUGUCUGUAUAGGAGGGGGCUGGUUACUUGAGGUGUCUGUAUAGGAGGGGACUGGUUACUUGAGGUGUCGGUAUAGGAGGGGACUGGUUACUUGAGGUGUCUGUAUAGGAGGGGGCUGGUUACUUGAGGUGUCUGUAUAGGAGGGGGGUUACUUGAGGUUAUAGGAGGGGGCUGGUUACUUGAGGUGUCUGUAUAGGAGGGGGCUGGUUACUUGAGGUGUCUGUAUAGGAGGGGACUGGUUACUUGAGGUGUCUGUAUAGGAGGGGACUGGUUACUUGAGGUGUCUGUAUAGGAGGGGACUGGUUACUUGAGGUGUCUGUAUAGGAGGGGGCUGGUUACUUGAGGUGUCGGUAUAGGAGGGGGCUGGUUACUUGAGGUGUCUGUAUAGGAGGGGGCUGGUUACUUGAGGUGUCUGUAUAGGAGGGGGCUGGUUACUUGAGGUGUCUGUAUAGGAGGGGACUGGUUACUUGAGGUGUCUGUAUAGGAGGGGACUGGUUACUUGAGGUGUCUGUAUAGGAGGGGGCUGGUUACUUGAGGUGUCGGUAUAGGAGGGGACUGGUUACUUGAGGUGUCGGUAUAGGAGGGGACUGGUUAAUUGAGGUAUUGGUAUAGGAGGGGGCUGGUUAAAAAGGUGUUGGUACAGGAGGGGAACUGGUUAUAUGACUUCAGCCCUUUUGUGUUUUUACAGAACCCCAUUUAUUUUCUGCUUCGUACACUAUUUGACUAAAACUUUGCUGCAUUUCUAAUUAGAAUGGAGCCACGCCGUUUUACUUAGCAGUUGAAGGAUGCCGUGAAAAGCGCAUGGAUCCGCUACUGAUGGCGGAAAGUGAUAACCCUACAACACACGUAUGCCCACAGGUACUGCCCCUAUAAAUGCAGGAGUGUGUAAUAAAUGUCUGAGCAAUGCCCUGCCUACGAAUAUAUUAAUACUUGCAGAGACAGCUGUAGUGGUUAUGGUGCUUGGAGUGUAUCUUUAAACAAGUUGGUGGCACAGAAGGGGGAAUGAUUAUUUAACUUCAGUACUCUGUGUUAUUAUAGAACCCCGCUUAUUUUCUGCUUUAUCCAAAUACACACUUUGACUAACUCCCUGCAUCAUUUCUAUUUAGAAUGAAAAAGUCAAACAAUGCCAUGAAGCGUGUGCGGAACUUCUACUGACGGCGGGAAGUGAUAUUAACACGACAACACACGUAUGUAUAUUUAAAUUACAGUUCAUUAAAGGACCACUAUAGUGCCAGGAAAACAUACUCGUUUUCCUGGCACUAUAGUGCCCUGAGGGUGCCCCCACCCUCAGGGUCCCCCUCCCGCCGGGCUCUGGGGGAGGAAGGGGAUAAACUUACCUCUUUCUCCAGCGCCGGGCGGGGAACUCUCCGCCUCUUCGGCUGAAUCCGCAUGCGCGGCAGGAGCCGCGCGCCCAUUCAGCCUGUCUCAUAGGAAAGCAUUCACAAUGUUUUCCUAUGGACGUUGGCGUCUUCUCACUGUGAUUUUCACAGUGAGAAGUGCGGAAGCCCUCUAGCGGCUGUCAAUGAGACAGCAACUAGAGGCUGGAUUAACCCUAACAUAAACAUAGCAGUUUCUCUGAAACUGCUAUGUUGAUAGAAAAAGGGUUAACCCUAGCUGGACCAGGCACCCAGACAACCUCAUUAAGCUGAAGUGGUCUGGGUGCCUAUAAAGUGGUCUGGGUGGUCCUUUAAACUGGAAGCAAGUCCUCUGAAACCUUUGCCAUGCCCAUAAAGCACUGCUUAUUACAUAACAUCAGAUAAAACCUAUUGUAGAAAGAGAUUCUCAUGACUAGCUAACUCUGCCUUUGUGGGAGCUCACUGCAGAAGCUGCAAAGUCUGGAGACUUGCAACAAAAAGAGGAAACUUAAAUAGAGGAAACUUAAAUAUGACAAUCUUUCUUAUAUUCUUUUACUUUAGUAUAUUUUUCCACUACUACUCGUAAUGCAAAACUUAUAUAAUCCACUAUAAAAAAAUGGUUUAACGUGUCUGGAGGGGCUAAAUAUUUAAUAUCUAUUAAAAACUGAUCCCAUUAAUGUUUUUGGUUUGUUAAGGACGAUUAUGGAGCGUUACAUAUAGCAGCAGAGAAUGGUUGUAUAAGCCUCGUCCGCUUUCUUAUAGAAAACAAUAUUGACAUGAAUCCCAAACCUGACGUAAGUAAAUCUGAUGAUUAAUAUUUUACAUAAAAUUUUAUAUCGUGUUAAAGGUGGAGCUGUCACUUCCCAGAGAAGCGCCUAUAACUUGCAUUAAACUUUUUUUCAUAAAAUGUUUUCUUUUGAAUGUAUAUUAAAGAUUUAGCAAAUUACGUCACAAUUCCUCUUCAAAGCAAAUCAGUUUGCAUUUUAUUUAAUUAGAAAAUAUUUAUUUAAAAAAUUUGAGGAAAAGCUAACUGUAUAAUUUUUUUCAAUCGAAUAUUCCUAAAAUUAAAUGUAUGUAUAUUCAAUUAGAAAAAAUCUAAUCUACAAUUCGGGACUUUGUUUUCCCUAAACCACAAGUUGGUUAAAGCAGACCCCGGUUUAUGAAGACUGACCUGUGUUUCCAAAGUUUGGUAAAUUUGAAAUUGACAAUUGUUGUAUAUUUGACUUUUGCGUCUGAGUUGUCAAUUUCACUUUAUUGAAUAAACGUCCUGUUUUAACACGAUUCCUACCCCAUUGCAUGUAGUGAUGGAGCAAAGUUCAAAUUUUAGCCCAAAAUAACUUAACUCAAAACAUAUUUACUUGACAUUUUUCUAGCCUGACAAUUUUUGCCUCAAUUUUAAAUUUGCUUUUUCCCUCCCCCCCUCCCCAAUUUCUACCCUCCGACAUAUUUUGGGUGCAAGUGUCUUUAAUACGAAUAGAACUAGAUGUAGAUGAAUAUUUUUAUGCAAAUUGGGAAGGUUUAUGAAUUUGUAUGAGUCGUUAGGAAACUUUGUGGAUUAUGCAAAUAGUAAAAGGAUUAAAUACUUUCUCAGUCGCUUGAUCUGCGUCUUAUGUCUGUCUUUUUCCAUUCAGGAUAAGAACCCUCCGUUACACCUAGCGAUUCUAAAGGAUCACAUGCCCAUAGUGGAUGUUCUUCUGGAGAGUGGAUAUAACUUCAAUGCCAUCAACAGUGUAAGCACAGUUUAUCAUCAUUUAACAGUAAAUUGGAGAGAUGGAAUGGUGGGGUAUAUAAAUAACAACAAAAAUAACUUAUAAAUAUAAUAAACAAUUAAUUAAUCAUUAACUCUACUAGUGCUGUAUAAUUUUAGAUUUGUGUAACUACGUAUUCUGUAUAAUUGUAUUACUUAGAUUAUAUGUGAGAGUUGUCAAAUACAGACCUUCCAACUGUCCUGAUUUUGGCAGGACACUCCUUACUUUACUGUCUUGGCUCACUCUCCCAAAUCUGUCCCCUGGUGUCCUGUAUGUGGGGACACCAACCAGGUAACUGACCCCCAGCAGUAAAGCACAAGGGAUGACUAGAAACGCUCGAGCUGACUGCAGUGAGACCAUGCAGAGAGCGCUACAACAGUGCUCUCUGCAUGGUCAAUAUCUCAUUUAUUACAGCAUAGAAUAUUAUUUCAUUAUUAUUAUUACAGCUCAUAGCGUUCUUACAGCUAAGGGUUAUAUUACAGCCUAUUGUAUUAUUACAGGUCAUUGUAUUAAUACAGAUUAAUAUAUUAUUACAGCACAGAGUAUUAUGACAUUGUUAUUACAGCUCAUCAUAUUCCUACAGCUAGGUGUUUUACUACAGCUCAUUGUAUUAAUACAGAUUAAUAUAUUAUUACAGCACAGAGAAUUAUUAGAUUAUUACAGUUUAUUGUAUCAUUACAGCUUAGUGUAGUGGUUAUGUUGCCUCUGCGUGCUGUACCCCCCCUCUCCCCCCCAUUGAGGAGCAUUAUGACAAAAUAUGGAGUUCUGCACAGCGCCUGGCGACAGCACCCUCUUUGGCUAAAUGUAUAAUGUAGAAAUAACAAUCGAUUUCAGGACCCCAAAUUUUUACAGAUCUUUUCUCCUUUGCAGCACCAGUCUCAGCGGGGAAGCAUCGCCACCUAGGCUGAGAUCAAAGAAAAGCAUUGGGAGACUAGUGAGCAUGUGCGGCAAAACACCACACUGCGCCAAUCAGAUCUCUCUGAGUGAUUUACUCUGCUAUAUCAUUGGAAGUACCUCUAGUAAAUGUCUUGGUGACAGUCAUUAGAGGCAUUUAAAGCUGCAAUUAAAACAAUGACGUUCUGCAGAACUGCAAUGUUUUCAUCUGCAGUAUUAAACGGGGGUGGAGGGGCAGGGGCAUGGCACCCAGUCCACUUGAUUGAGAUGAAGUGGUCUGAGUGCCUAUAGUGUCCCUUUAAGAAUAUUAAUUUCCAUCCUUGACAGCAAUGAUAGGCUGAAUGCUGAUGGGUCGGAUUAGCUGAGUGUGGGUUAGCCGAUCAGACUGCAUGAAAAUUUACAUUGAUAAUGCAGUAUAGAACAGUGAAUAGUAUUUUAACUGCAUUAUAUACAAACUGUGAAGUGUUAGUAUGAUGGGGGAUACGAUCAACAACCCUUUAAAGAUUAACAGCCAAAAUGGAAGGAAGCUGAAAUCAAAGACCAGUUUGAAAUGUAAAAAACUGAGAAAUGUAAAAGUAUGCGGCUGUCACGGAGUAAUACCACAACACGCAGAGGUUAGGAUAGCAAGGGACAAGACUAGCAAAUAACAUAUUACCAGGCCUUAGAAUGGCCGGACUAAACGUUAGACAGAGAAAAGGCGUCAGCAAAGACAAGCCAAGGUCAAGGUAACAGAGAGACAGCGAAAAGGAGAACUAACCAAAGUCAGGUACACGGUAAUCAGUCAGACGGGCAAACAAGAUAGGAAAGGGUUAAAGAUAAAUUCAGAGUCAGAUACAAAGCCAAGGUCAAUAUCAGAAUAAACACAAUAGAUCAAAGAACGCACUAAAGGGUACUGAAACAGAAAUCACGAUAGGGCAAAGUGGUUAGGGCUAGGAAAUUUUAAAUAUCCUUAACUAACAUUUGAUUGGCCCACGUCUUGCCCACGCCCCCAAAACGUGCGUGUGUGGGGGCGUCGGAAUGACGUUGGCCAAUGGGAGCCUGCCCCUUUAAGAGCGCGCUCAUGACGCGAGCUGCGCUCCUAGUGCUGAGGACCCCAGCCGGCCUCCGUAUAAGGUAAGUACCGCCGCAGUGGUGCUAUGUAAGCAUCACCCUUGUUAUUGUUACAGUUACAGGAUGUUCCAUCGAUUGUAAGUAACAUUGAUAGUCAUCCCAGGCGGCCCUAGGCAGAACAAUAAUAUGUAACACAGACAUGAUGAAAGUACUUUGUGGGUUGAGUUUUUGUUGAAUAGAGGCGGAGGAUCCCUGGAAACCAAUAGACAAUAGGCAAAACAAGGCCAUGGUGUAUAGAAAUAGGUGAGGCCUUCUAAAGUGGAAGGAGCCUUUCCUUUUUGACUUUGAUGUAUCCCUAAAGAAAGGAGGGUCUAAUAGUGCUGAAAAAAUGGCUGGUGGGAUAAUAUAUUUGAUUGUGUUUCACUUGUAUUUUAAUACAGAGACAGCAAACUACUCUACAUCUCGUUGCUGAAAACAAUAACAUAGAUCUGGUGGAAAAACUUCUCAAGAUAGGAUGCGACCUCACGAUUGUAGACAAGGUAACAUCCUAACAUACAUCAUAACACCGGCGGUCAGGACAUGUAGGGUCACAAUAAAUUAUUUUCUAGUAAACCAAGCUGAUUACCUGAGACAGAAUUUUAUGGUGAAUUAAUAAAAAGUUGAGCAAUGGAAAAACGUAAAAUGACACACACUGAGCCAAAAGACCCAGAUUUUAAAUAUUUUUGUAUUUCUACUUUGUAUGAGUUGGUGAAAUGGCUUUGCGAUGUUUGUUAGAUUGGCUGAGUCGGCAGAGUGAUCGAUUCCAGAUUCCAUAAUCGGUUCCAGAUUCCAUGAUCGGUUCCAGAUUCCAUGAUCCAUAAUAGGUUCCAGAUUCCAUGAUCUAUGAACCAUAAUAGGUUCCAGAUUCCAUGAUCUAUGAACCAUGAUCGGUUCCAGAUUCCAUGAUCCAUGAACCAUGAUCGGUUCCAGAUUCCAUGAUCCAUGAACCAUGAUCGGUUCCAGAUUCCAUGAUCCAUGAACCAUGAUCGGUUCCAGAUUCCAUGAUCUUUAAACCAUGAUCGGUUCCAGAUUCCAUGAUCCAUGAUCGGUUCCAGAUUCCAUGAUCCAUGAACGGUUCCAGAUUCCAUGAUAUAUGAAGCAGAUUCCAGAUUCUAUUUUCAUAUUUUAUUCACUAAACUAUUUAUAAAAGUACGGUAUAUUGACCUUUGGCCAUUUGACCUAAAAUGUGACAUUCUCUCCUCAACUCUCUAAAUUUUCUCUUACGUUAACACAUGCUUUACUUCUGCCUCUCCAAAUGAGAGGUUAGAUAGUACGCUGUGUUUAAAGGUGACACACCCUGAAAGCACAUGGUCUGCCCACCACAGAAAGGAGCAUGAGCACAAAUGGUGGUAAAUUAGGAACAAUAUAUUCUAUACAAUACAAAAUAAAAUAUACUAAAUGAUAUAAUAUACCACACCAGGGUUUCAAAUUUAAAGUCCUAUGUUUCUAGCCAGGCCUUAAAAGUUACUCACCACUAAAAGCCACAUAGAAGACUAAAACAUUAUAUUAUAUAAAACCAAACAAUAGCACUGAAUGUACCAUUACUGAACGUGUGUCGCCGUUGUGCAAACUUAUGGUAUUGUUGUAUACUGUGUUAAACUUCACUUUAUCUUGUUUAGUAGACACAGUGUGAUAGAAUGUAAAACAUAUAAAGCUGCUGGAGCAUUGGUACUUGUCUUAUCACAGGCUAAACAAGCUUCCAAAACUAUGGUAAUUACUGUUCUCAUUUAUCAGAUUUAUUAUCAUUAAGGUUCUUAGUUACUGUAAAACAAAGCUAUUUAAAGAUUAAAUCUAUGUUGUCUGGGACAGUCUGGGACACCCAAGAUCAAUGGAAAACAUUUACAAUUCAUUCCCAGUAAACAUGUAGAUGUUAUUGAGUAACUAAAAAAAACCCAAUCCAUCUACUCUAUAAAAUCCAAUAAUUAAAGUACAUUUUGCAAAGACCACCAAUGGUGAUUUUGCCUCUUGGUGUGAGGUGGUCCAGGGAUAGGUAAUUUUUACUCACCUAAAGCUGUCCCUCGCUGUGUCGCUGACACCUUUUCCAUCUAAAUUUUGGUGAAUGUUUGGCAAUUUCUUUGGCACAAUUUAUUACAUUUGUAGGAUUUUUCAUCGGUUGCUUUUAUUUUGCACUCUAAGCAUCAUUUUUGAGUAUGCUCCAUUUUUUUCCUACAGAAAAGUUGCAGAAUAUUUCUGCCAGUAUAAAUUUGUCAGUUUAAUGAAAUGGAAGCUUCUGAGGAAACUGGCGAAAGAAAUCCAUCACUUUUUAGAUCAUUUUAAUAAAAUAAAGACGGACAUUAACCACCACUUUUCAGAAUAAUUUGAUAGAGGUCUACCAAUGUUCCUGAUUCUCCGCCUUUGGCUAUGAUGAGUGAAGGCUGGAAAGGGCAGAGCAUGAUUCAUGUAAAGCCGUCAUAAGAUGGUCGGUCAAUGAUCACCGUCGGACUUACAUAUUUAAUUUUAUUUUCAGAAUACAAGUAGCUAAGUAAACACAAUACUAAAAAUCCUUUAAACUGACUUUAAAUUCUGAAUUUCAAAGGUUGAAAUAGAUGUUUUCAGCCUAAAUUACUAAGUAACUAUGUAUGGGCAAUCAGUCAACACGGAACAAGAUCAGCAGUCAGACAAUAACAUAUAAUGGACUUAAUAACAGUAAAAAGGUUAAGAAAUAAAAACUGUUAUACAUGCAUGAUAUAUAUAUAUAGAAUGUAAUACCUAAUUUAUCCCACAGCAAGGAAAAACAGCACUUGGAGUGGCAGCAAGAAGCAACCAUACUCUCACUGUUGAUAUGAUCAUUAAAGCAGAGAGAUACUACAUGUGGAAACAGGUAACAGAUUCACAAAUUGUUCCAGAAUAUGAAUAAUCAGAAAUAUAAUGAAGAAUCAGCACAUAUCUACAACAUAUUUAUAAACCAAGAGAAACAGAGCAUGGGGUCUUACCCACUAAGCUAUGAGCCAGUGUUUAUAGUGCUAGGAACCUUCUGUAUGGUUUUAGAGACCUUCUUUGUAGUGAGACCUUCCUUAUAGUGAUGGAGACCUUCUUUAUAGUGAUGGAGACUUUUUUUUAUAAUGAGACUUUCUUUAUAGUGAUACAUCUUUAUAGUGAGACCUUCUUUAUAGUGAUACAGGAGGCAGGCAGCAUUCAGCGGCAGCGAGGGAGCACUUUCUCCUCCCUUGCACACCCUAUGUGAUUCUGGGAGUCAGAAUAUGACGUCAUUCUGGCCCCGGCAUACUAAACAGCGUGCAGGAGGAGAAAGAAACUGUCACAGCACAGCCCAAUGGAGAGGACCCAGACCAGCUCUCCCAAACGUAGGGAGGCUGGAUAGGCCUCAAAAAAGUAAAAUUAAUUUGUGAGAGUGUGCAAGAAUGUGUGAGUGUGUGUUUCUGUCAGUGUAUGUGUCUGUUAGUGUGUCUUUAUGUCUGUCAGCUUGUGUGUGUGUCUGUCAGUGAGUGUGUAUCUGUCAGUGUGUGUGUCUGUCACACACGUGGGUGGGAAAGACACAUGGAUAGAGUGGGGGAGACACAUGGAGGUGUUUUGGGGUGGAAAACACACAUGGGGAGGUGGGAGAGACACAUGGAGGGACUGGGAGCUGGAGGGUUGGGGAGACACAUGGAGGGGUUUGGGGGGAAAUUAAACGUGGACGGGCUGAGGGGAGAAUGAGACGUGUGGAGGAAUUGGGGGGGAAUGAGACACAUGGAGAGGCUGGCGGGGGUAAUGAGAUGGUGGAGGGACAGGCGGUGGGGAUGAGACAUAUGGAGGGAAUGGCGGGCGGAUGAGACAACAUGGAGUGGCGGGGGGAUGAGACACAUGGGGGGGCCCCAGGGCAAUUUUCGCACCAGGGCCCAGUGGGUUCUAGUUAGGUCUCUAGCCAAGCUCCUAUCUAAUGUAGCGGCUCUAUUAUCCACUAAGCCUUUAAGGCUUUCAUUUAAACUCAAACCAACAGAAAAAUAAAGCAAUGAAAACAACGUGUAAACAAUAAACGUAUUAUGAAGCCCACAGCCACUCAAAAUAGUAUCCGCUUGCUCCAUAGUCAAGUCCCCAUUCGCAUCGUCGGUUGUGAACGUGGGACGAAGGGGACCACGGUGGUUGGGUCUCAGCUGUGAGAGUCGUUUGUGCCUCCUGCUACCCUGUCUGGUGCAGGUAGUCCCAGUGCCCGAAACAGAGGAGAGACUCCAGACAGUUCCAUCCUGGUCCACCACCAGAGGUCUCGGUGUUCAAUAGAGGAGAGACUCCAGACAGUUCCAUCCUGGUCUACCACCAGAGAUCUCAGCGUUGCCCUGCGCUAUGUGAUACCGGCUGCUCUCGGUUGAGUUGUGACAGAGUGGAGUGAUUGCCUCCAUUGCAGGGUGGACCUUGAGAGAUCUUGGUAGAAUGUCAGUUCAGUGUCCUCAAACAGGUAGGGCGUCUUGUUCGGCAGAACUGUCUUUUUGCCCUGCGUGAGGGAGCAGUGGACUAGGAUAUCGCUCACACCUGUCACAGGCGCUCUUGGGGAUUUAGGUAGGUGAAAUACAGUAUCAAACAUACAUUUUUUUUGGCGGUGGUAAAAAUUUUACUACCAUGCGCUUCAGGUAAUGUGGAAGUUGUUCCGUUGUUAUGCUCUCAGGUACACCGCCUAUUUUCAGGUUGUUGUGUCAGGAGCGGUUGGCCAGUGUGGCGAGGUGUACGGAUUGCGCUUAUUGUACCUUUUGCACAGAUUUACGGGAAUCUCUCAUUAUUAUUUAUAUAGUGCCAUCAGAUUCCGUAUCGCUGUACAAUGGGUAUGUUCUGCAUUUCUUGUUUCCCAUCGAGAAUGUCCUCCUCAGUGGCCCUGACCAAAGGCGUAACUAUAAACUACCGGGCCGGGGUGCGAAAAUUGCCCUGGCCCCCCCCCACGUGUCUCAUCCCCCCCACGUGCCAUUUUCUGUUGGGUCUUGCGCUGGUGUAGGGUGCCUAUGUCUUGUGUGUGGGGGGUUCUGUUAGCGCAGUCCCAUCGUAUAGUGCCGGUCUGGCGAGGAGCAGUGUGCAGGCUCAGACUCCGGUGGGUUUCAGGCCCCAGCAGCUCAGACAGUCUGAGUGAGGGGAGAUGGUAGGCCGCAGGCCACUUCCUCUGUUUCUUCAGCUUGGAAUUGUGGAAGAAAGGCAUGAACCAGUGCCUGGAACUGCACCGAGCAAUCCCUCUGGUAUUGGCAGUCAAAUGGGUAACUUAACUCAGGAUAUUUAGGCUGAGCCCUGGUGGAAGUGGGGGAAAUGGUGUCCGCUCCAUUUUGAGGUUAAGCCCCGUUCCGAGAACUAUAGGCUAGCUUAUAUCUACAAAUCAUUACUUUUUUUUAGAUUUGCUGAGGCCCAAUUAUUUAAAAUACAUUAAACAUAUGGACAUACACAUAUAGCUGCAGUUUGUGUGAGUGAGGAGUUUAAACAAUGUGUUCAUAGUUUGUGAGAGCACAGUAUGUUGACAAUGUGGAUGAGAGCAUUGUGUGUGUCUGUGUGUGAACAAUGUGUGAUCAAUAUUUAUAAGUGCAAUGUGUGUGCAUAUAUAUUAGUGUUAACAUUGCGUGAGAACACUGUGUGUGUGUUUGAUGUGAGCGGUGUCUAUAAGGGCACAGUGUGUAUCAUGUAUAUUUGUCUGAACAGUGUGUAAAAGCAAUGUGUGUGUGAAAACUGUGUCUUUGCAUUGGGAAACGAAUCACGUGUAGGCAUUGGGACGACCAGUUACGAGCCCAGGCAGAAUUCCUAAUUCAGAUACUCUUCAGAUUCUGUUGUGUUAAAAAUGGAUUUACUAUACUAUGAAUUGUGGUCAGUUAAGAAGAAAUUUAAAAAAAUAAAAAUAAAAAAUUAAGCCAAAGUUAACUGAAGUUAAAGUGUAAAAAUUCUCCCCUUGGCUAUUUUGGUCAACAUGUAACAGAUAUGGUUUUUAUUUCAAUAUUAUUAUUUGGGGAUUAAACCUAUCGUCAUGGACUGCUGACACAUUUUGGUUUUACAGGGCCUUAAAGAAAAUAUCCAAGAGGUACAUCAAGCUUCUUCUAUAAACUUCAAACAAGAUCACAGUUUAAAAACCAGUCAGAUCAGAGAUGCUUUGUGGAGUUUGGCAUAUAAUGAAUUCAAGCCACACGAGUGGAAAAAGUUGGCUCAAUUAUGGGAAUUCACAGAGCCACAGAUUAAAGCCAUCGAAGAGCAAUGGACAGGUAACAGGAUUAGAAUGACUUGAUUUCCAAAAUAAAUCCCAAUAUUACAUUGGGUUUGAGUACCAAAAAAUAGAAAAUGUCUCGUCACAAUCUUUUAUUUGUUUAUUACAGGGCAAGCAAGUUACAGAGAACACGGUCACCGGAUGUUGUUGAUCUGGUUGCAUGGGAUUUUACUGACAGAACGGCAUCCGGUUAAAUCUUUAUAUGAAGAUCUGGUGCAAUUGGGACACCAUAAACUAGCUGGUAAUCUACAUGUUUGGUUGCUAAGAGAAAUAGUAACUUUGUGUGUUUUUUAAAUGGGGGAGUGAGUUACAGUAGCUUUACUAGGGAGAAUCAGCUUCAGUAAAGUCACAUAACUAUGAAAUUUCUCUCAGAUUUUGUGGCGUAGACUAACUCUUCCUUGUCUUAGACACUCAUUAUGAAUUGUAAACAUGCAAUCACCCCUUGCAGGUAAAAAUUUGCCAAAUGACACAAGGAACAUUAAAAUUAAAAAGUGUGAUGAUUUGGAUAUUGAAUACAGAACAUUUUUAAAUUUUCACUUCAUAUGUUACAAAGUUUGUGACUAUGCAUUGCCGACAUUAAUACUGUGACCUCGCUGCGGAUCCACUGCAGAUUGGAAUCAUGUUACUUAUAGAUCAACUACUACGUUGACAUGGCUGUUAGUUGGUCAGAUGACUUGAUUAGUUACUAGGCUUUCCACUUUUAGACUGCUGGGUUAAUUUCUGUUAAUACUGAUAACAACUUCGUUAAAGGGACACUUGACUAUCAAAAUAAAAAUAAUUGUUUAGUAGAAACACCUCAAUAAAACAUGCAUGCAUGUAAUUAUGCAUUAUGCAUUUUUUCAGUGGGUAUAUUUAAAAACAGAUCUCUUGUCUGCAGCCUUUGCAAGCCCGUCCAUUCUAACCCCGCCCAGACUUUUUAUGGCUAUCCAAUCAUAGACGUCACAGUGUAUCUCAAUGAGAACUCUUUGCUAGUCAGGUGCUCUGGGCAAUUGCUGCCUCUUGUAUUUCGCUUCACUGAGCUAACCAAACCACGAAGCAACAGGGCCAAUUAUCUUAUUAACAGCCAGAGGCUGUAAAAAGGUUAAUUUUUAGCAAUUUUGGGCAAAAUGAAAAGAGGACACACUUUUCACACAUAAAGUACUUGAUCUGGAUUGCCCCUUUAAGCUUUUACAAUAUAAUUCUUAAUGAGCAAUUUAAUGCCUCUGAUUGUGUGACAAUUAGCUUUAGUGUGUGCAAACGUGUUCUAAACUCAGGAAAAUCAUGUUGAUUAUGGAUUUACCAUAUGAUAAACUUUAACUAUAAAGGCUAGUAGGUGGACAGCCAGUAACCAGAGCCCUCAAUAGCCAAAUAUCUCCAACAAAUUACCUACUAAAAUUAUAACACUUCUCCAAAUCAUAUAUCUCCCACAAAACACACACAAAUGGUUUCAGAGGACCACAUUUUCCCCAUGACCCCUGUUUAGCCAGACAGGUUUCACAAACAGCCCAUACCGAUAUUGCUAUUUACACAUAUAACACUGCAAAAUGGUUCGUAAAAAAAUUUUUAAAAAAAAUUCUGGAAGGAAGAUGGAUGAUCUUCUGAAAUGAAUAUGUUGCAGUACAUAGUUGGACUUCCAGGUUUCCUUAAUUAUGCACAUUCUCAAAACAUUUUUUUUUUCUCUUCCUAGAAAACUUCAGAAUACAGAGCACAAAUGGUAUAAAUUCUAAGAAAUGCCUUAUUUCCUGAGGCAAAUAGAACAAAAUGAUGAGAAUAAUAGCCCAGGGUGUUCUGAGCACCUCCUACACUGCCAUGAUGUCAAUUUAAAGACUUUAACCGGCUACCGUUCAAAACUCUGAACAAUUCUGUGUCUAGCCAAUGUAUAUUUAAACAGGAUUUCAUGAAAUAUGGUUAUAGACGGAGCCCAACAAGUUACAGCCCGGAGGUUCACCCAGUGAUUAUAUUGUUCAGAUCUUCCAAUGUCCCUGUACACAUCUCUCUCGUAUGCACACAGAUGUACACAAAGACUAGAAAAGAGACUUUGUAGCUUCAUACAAGUAGAUGUCUGACAGUCUCCCAUUGAGGGAUUUGCUUUUACAGGAAUGGUUGUCGCAGUUCAUCAAUACUCACUCAUAUAGAGAGAACAUUGGCCCAUCUCAUGUUUGUCCUGAUGGAUUACCAGUGGUCUAGGAAUUUCUGAUUACUGAGAGCUGAGUAAUGUGAAUAUCAGUAUAAUGUAAUCUGGACUAUCUGUGGUCUUUCAGCUCAUCGGAGAACUGCUGAACACCAAACUAUAUACAUAAAACGAGAUCAGAACAACUGUAUCAUUGUUUAAACUGUUAAUUUUAUAAAAGAACCUUCAACGUGUACCUGUAGGGAUACAAUGUAUGAAACCCUACAAUGGUUUGGAGACUAGUGAGUGAUUAUCCACUAAUGUAAUGUAAUGAUUCACUAGGAGAUUCAUUUUCUGGCUAUGAGUCAGGAAUGGACCUCCAUUCACCAAUCUCCAAAAAAAGAAAUAUCAAUGCUGAAGCCCUUAUCCCAUUUACAAACCUUCAUGACAGCCUCUACUAAAACGAUCUGGCAACGUUUCAUCCUUUUACGGUUAUGAUACAGACUGCCAAGGACUGAAACCCUGACAGGUCACCUUGUGACGACUAUAUUACAUUGUUUCUUAUUCCAGCUAUGUAAUUACAGUUUGCAGCAUUGUAAGGCUACUUAUGUACAUUUUAACAUAUAUAUACCUCAUUAUUGUCAUAGUCUACCCUCUAUAAGAAGUUUAAACAAAGACGUUUUCUGCAACAAUUUUACAAUUAAGAUAAAUCAUAGCUUUAAAUUCUAUAUUGAACUAAAAGUAUUUUGCUUGUUCUGUGCAGCAAUGUGUAACAGGCAACUGUCCAAAUGUAUUUUAAUUAAAUUGCACAGUUUUAAGAAAAAAAAAGAAGCAACUCAUUCUUAAUGAGUCAUGUUUACAAGAAAGAAUGAAUGUUGGCAUUUAAAGGAAGCUAUUUUGGUAGCAUGAAAAGCAUCAAUGAGCAGUCUGCGACAUAUCAUCAUGAAUUUGUUGUUUAUGUAUUGUUUUCUAAUAUUGACAGUUUUGUAAAAUGUCUGGUGCUUUAAUACAUUUAUAUAACAUCGAUCUCUGUGUAAAGUCAUGUUAAC